CCCUGCUGCUGCUGCAGAUCUCUGACUUCUACCCAGAGCGAACCCAUGUGCUCUACAAAAAGCAAGAACAACGAGUAGCUGAUUAAUCCACAGGCAGGAGCCUGCUCUAGGAAGAUCAGGUUGCAAUCCUGCCUUUGUAGCUUUACACCACACCCCUUCAACAUGAAUUAGUAGGGGAGGAUCAUACUCGGCACUGAUUGAGGAAUUCUUUCUUCAAAAACGGUUGCUAGGAGUUUGAACUAGGAGAAGCUGACAGUUCCUAAAGCAACCAGAACUGGACAGAUGUUUUGGUAAGGAUUGAAGAUUGAAGAUGGGAUCUUGAUAUCUAAAGCUGUUCUUCACACUGUAACCAGGGAGAGCUGCCUUAAAAAACAGGGACAAACUACCAACUUCUGAAAGAUGAAAGGAAGAAAGAAAGGAUGUUCCUUACCUUUAACCUUUAUCUUGCUGUUCGUCUGUGUCACUGGGCACACAACUAUUGACUUAGAUGACGACAAAGAAGAGGGUGUUCUGGGUGCUGCUUUGCCACCACUGAAACUGGGGCAUUCAGUCUGUGCCAUGAAAGCAGAUGAAGGUCCAUGCAAAGCAAUCCACAUGCGAUACUUCUUCAAUAUUCAAAGCCGUGAGUGUGAAAUAUUUGAAUAUGGUGGAUGCCAUGGCAAUGAGAACAACUUUCUAACACUGGAAGAAUGCCAGAAGAAGUGUGUGGUAACAGAAUUACCUCAGAAGAUGAUGUCACAAAAAAGUAAGGAAGAAAAGCCCAACUUCUGCUUUCAUGAGAAAGACCCUGGAAUCUGCCGAGGCUAUUUUUCCAGGUAUUUCUACAACAAAGAGACAAAGAUAUGUGAAGUAUUCAAGUAUGGUGGGUGCCUAGGAAACCAGAACAACUUCAAGAAUUUGGAAGAAUGCCAAACUACCUGCCAAGGCAACUCAAAUUUAUUGCCAACUGUUCCAGCUGAAGAGCAUCCUAAUACUGUGAACAGUAGUUCCCCAGAGGAAGAAUCCAACCAGUUUCCUGGAAUUUUUGUUAAUUUGCUGCCAACAGCUCCAAAUGAGAAGUCCAACACUCUGAACAGUAGUUCCCCAAAGGAGGAGCGCAAACAGUUUCCCUUUUCUUAUGUUAUGCAAGAGGAAACAAGAAACAGUUGGAAAAAGCCUGAGCAUUCUUGCCAAGUAUUUCUGUUGCUUUUUUUUUGCAUUUACACUUACUUGUACUUUUGGAAUUGAGUGAUGGCUUAUAAAUUCAUUAAGGUGUUUGUGUUUAAUAUGAUCUGUAAGAAAUGGGCACGUAGGAUAACAUUCCUGUGCUCUUUACUUAGAAUGGUAUGUCUUAAUAAAGCUUGAAAGUGUGUUGUAUUCUGGGUUUUUUUGCCUGCACUGUGAUCCACAUGCACUGUUGGGUUGAGGUAAGUUUCUGUGACAGUUCGAUUGUUUGUUUACCACAUACAAAGUAUCAAUGCACUGUUAUUAAAAUGACUGAAUAUAAAACAGUAAAGCUUUUGGCAACUUUUUUCACUGAAAAAUAUUUGAAUUAUUUAAGGCCUGGUAAUAAGUCUAGGGACAUAAGAGUGUACACGUUCCCUGAAGGUUUUUACUCAUAAUAUGAAUCCUCAAGUCCCUAAUCUAAUCUAUACAAGCAAAGGGGCAUGAUUCACUAUGUUUUCUCAGAGGAAACUGAAGCGUUCUUGGCUGUGACAGCUAUAGUGAAUUUUCUGGUAGAGCAGAUUUUGGGAGGGAGAGAUGAGGUUAAGAGAAAGAGAAGACUCAAAAGUUGGUGGAAGAAAGGGCCGGGGAACAAGGGUGGAUGGAGUCAGUGUAGCUGGAUGGGUCAGGUAAGAAACAUGGCCUUGGAAGGACCGGUGUGUUUCAGUGGAAAGUCUGAAGACCCCACAGGUUCUUUCCUACUAUAUAACCUCUGUCCUACUAUAUAGCCUGCCCCAUGCAGCCACCUGCUGCCAUUCUGUUUAUCAGUCUGUACCUUUCAGGCUGCUGGGAUGGGCUAAAACUUUGUGCUUUGUGCAAUCCCAUUACAGGGGGAGAGGAGGGCAGGGCCAAAACUGAUAGCUGAUUUCUCCAGAGAAAUGUGGGGAACAUAGCUUCUGUUCCUGCUAUUACUAGAGGUAGAGGUGUAAACUGAAGUUGCAAGGUAGAGCCAUCUCACACAAACAUGCACUGUGACUCCCCAUGGCCCCCAGUAAGGGACAAGAAUCUGGCUGUGCACAUAUGAGGUCAGGAUGGACAGUUUGGGAUGGAGUGGCUGAUGCCCAUCUUCUCAAGCGCAGGCAAAGUAGCUGGUCUGCCACUGUAACAUCUGUUUUGCAUGUAUAUUGGCCUGGCUAUAUAUUUUUUUUUAAAUACAUGCCCACCGUUAAAAAAAAAAUUGCAAGAAAUUGUCUCUUAUAGAAUACCUUGUCUCACAAUUGAAAUUAUGAGUGCUGUACUCUGCAUUUGAUUUGUGAGAUCUUAGUGGGAUGCAGGAUCAAAAGUCAGUUUUCAACUCAGCAAAUAUGGAAUGGCACACAGAGGCAGUUCCUGUUAUUACUUCUCAAAGUCAGGGCUAUAUCUUUUGCUGAUAUAAAUUGACACAGUUCUAUUCACAAUAAUGGAUCUGCACCAAUUUAUACCUACAGAGUACUGUCGAGUGCAGGUGAAUCAUUAUUUUUGUAAUAGCUUGGCUACUUGAAGAUUCUUUUAUUUUCUCUUUGCUGCAACCAGAAAUGAGAUACUGAAGUCUGCAUAUAUCAAAAGUCUGGCAAUAAAUCUGAAGUUUCAUGAAUGUCACACACAUGUCUAGCGAAAGAGAAUGCAGUGAGCAUUGUUUCUCAUUUCGAACUUCUUUUGUACUGUCAUCAAUUAAUAGUUCAUUGUCACACAACUCCAGCUAAGCCUAAGGGAUAAUGAUUAUUGUUGCAAUGCAAGCCUGGGAUUAUUUUUGAUAAAUAUGAGUCUAUAUCUGAAUUUGCAUGUUUUGGAGAUUGUGAAAUAUGAUCAAGUUACCUGUUCGCACCACAGAGGGGGUCGUCUGGGAUUCAAGAAAAUGCUGUAUUGUGAGAAGUAAAUCUUAAACCAUACAAAUUGUUUAGGUAGCAGUGAAGGGUAAGAUACAAUAGUCUUUUUAUAGGUAAGAAUAAUAGCCUUUUUAUCUACUGCUUAUUUUAUAGAAUUAGUUUACCUAUUUUUUUCAGAAACAAAAUAUCACAUAUUGCAGUUUUGGGUCUUAUUCUC